AUGGCGGCGCCCGAGCCGCCGCCCGAGGGCUCCAGGCCGCUGAGCGCUCUGCUGAGCGGCAUUGCCCAGGCCGCUUUCCACGGCAACGCCGGCAUCACCGAGGAGCUGCUGCGCGCCCAGCUCUACCCCGAGGCGCCGCCGGAGGAGUUCCGCGCUCUGCGCGCCAAGAUGGGCGGCCUCCUCCAGUCAAUUGCUUCAGCAGACAUGGAUUUGAAUCAGCUGGAAGCUUUCCUCACUGCCCAAACCAAAAAACAAGGUGGCAUCACACCAGAUCAGGCUGCAGUCAUUGCAAAAUUUUGGAAGAACCACCGGAGUCAAAUCCAUGAGAGCCUGAUCAAUCAGAGCUGCUGGGAUAAUGUCUUGAAAAACAUGAACUGGCGAGUGGACCUGAAGUCACAGCUGAGGCACAUUGAUCAGAUAAACACUCCCGUUGCAAUAGUUGAAAUGGAACUGGGAAAAAAUGGGCAGGAAUCAGAGUUUCUCUGCCUGGAGUUUGAUGAGGCCAAGGUGAGCCAGAUGCUGAAGAAACUGUCAGAAAUAGAGGAGAGUAUGGCUUUGUUGACUCAGACUACUUAAUCAAAUAAAGAGAUGGCAGCUUACA